CCUCAUCUUCCUCCCUCUCACUUCAGACCCAAAAAAAAAUAUAUAUCUUCCUCCCUCUCACCGACAUCCCUUCACAUUUCUCCUCUGCCUCACCAAAAUCAAAUCAAAUUAAGAUUGAACCAUGACAUACACAUGCAGUAUGCAACAAAUAUAAAUCCUACAUAACAAACCCUAAAUUAACCUAUCUCUCUCUCUCUCUCUCUCUCUCUCUCUCUGCAUUAUCACGAAGAAAAGCAAGCAAACAGUAUCUAUCUCGAUCGGCUCCGCACGUCAUCAUUACAGGCUGCUUGCUGAUAGUGAUACACCCACCCACCAACCAAGGCACAAAGCAUGAGCAGCAUAUUAGCUGCUGCCCAGUUAUACGCACGGAGAAGGGGCACCUCAGCUGCUGCUUCCGAAAUACAGAGCAUCAGCAGCUCAACUGGUGCUUCCGAGUACUGUUUUUUAUAUACCGGUGUGAAUCAAAAAGAAGAUGUAAGAAUCUCAUUAGACUCAAUUCCCAGGGACAGUUUCAAAAUCUGUAUAGAUUAUCAAAAGAUAACUCGAGUCUUCCUUUAUAUUGCUGGUGAGCAUCGUCGAGUAGAACUUCCUUAUGCUUCUACAUAUCACCUCCUUGCUGAGAGGAGUUUCUAUGUCCCUAUGCGUGAUGUCAAGCAAUUUUCAUCAAGGCCUAAAUGGACGCAUGUCUUGGCUUAUCAUCUUUCCAAGAUGGGUGUCCCACAAGGUGCGCAGCCAGCUCUCAUUGUAAGAAUACUUGACUACAUUGAAGAGGCCGACAACCACAGCGUUGAGUUGCCAAUUCUUGUGCAUAUUGUGGAUGCCACUUAUCACUAUCUGAAGUCGGACCACAACAACGACAUCCUUGAUAGGGUUAUGAGGCAAUCCUCGGAAGCAUACAGGGCCAUGCUUAUUCCUGCAGCUCAAUCAUCCAUUCAGGGCUUGGAGAAUGUGAGGCUUGAUGAUCCUACUUUGGCCCCGUUGUCCUCAUGUAUUAUUUGUAUGGAGGGCCUCCUCCUUGAUCAUCAUGAUGAUCAUCACUCUGAUCAUAUUAAUGCCGUCCCUGCUUCUCAAGAUGAUCAUCAUGAUCAAGAUCAAGGUCAAGGGGUUGAUUGUCGCCAUCCACCAAGGACGAUCAAACGCUUGCCCUGCUUACACCAAUUUCACGAAGAUUGCAUCGUCCCGUGGCUGCAGAUCAAUCACUUGUGUCCCCUGUGCCGAUACCCGCUGGAAGUGCGCGAGUCAUCAAAACCCAAACGAAGGAGAUUAUCAUGAAAUAAUGAAAGAAGACCUGCAGCCAUGAUGCUCAGCUGGAACAAU